AUGACGCAACAUGAAGUGCUGACGGAAAAAGUAUGUGUUAAAGAGAAGAACGUACAAUGCGUGAGAGCCGAUGUAGGCACUAUUGCGCGUGCGCGUUCAUUUAUUCCGAGGAUAGAAACUGCUGCUUUAUUCCGGCUGCAAGCGGAAGGUUAUAUGUGCCUGCAUUUGGCUUGUAAAAAUGAGAACCCAUUUAGUGUCUCGCAUCUGAUACAAAAUGGCGGAAAUGUAAACGCCAUAGCUGAAGAUGGCGUCCAGCCUAUACAUUUAGCAAUUUUGUACCCUAAUGAAGAAAUUAUAAAGAUUCUUCUUGACAAUAACGCGCAUAUAGACGCGCUUUUUAAGACUCACUAUUACCAAAAUUUUUCUAAACUUUCCGAGUGGGUUCAUAGCAACGACAUAACCCUAAUUACACACUCAAUAAUCUCCGGAAGCAUUAACGUAGUUAAAUUAUUGCUAGAAUACGACGUUAUUCCCAAAACAAGCUUUCGUUUUAUAAAAAAUAUCAUUUUUUAUGCCUCAGCAAGUAAUAAUUUGGAAAUAAUGGUGCUAAUACUUGAAAAUCUGGGUAAAAUAUUUGGAAAAAUGUCUGAACGUUUCAAAAGCUUUGUUAAUAAUAAAUAUUCACAAGGUUGUUACUCAGGAUACACGCCUUUGCAUAUGGCUUGCAGGAACAAGAAUUUAUCUUGUGUAGAAUUUUUGAUACAAAAUGGCGCAGAUGUGUUUGCAGAAGCUUCAGAUGGCGCUCAACCUAUUCACGUUGCGCUAAUUGUUACCAAAAAUGAAGAAAUUAUUAAGUUACUUCUAGAAAAAGGCGCUAAUGUAAAUGCCAAGUUUCAAUUGAAGUUUUUAAAAAAGUAUAUUAAUAACCCAACAUUGUUAGACUUUAACAGUAACUUUACACUAUUAAAUUACGCCAUUUUUGUGCGAGAUACUGAAUUGUUUGAACUGUUGCUUGACUAUGAAGCUAACGUUGAUAUAAAGAAUAAUUUAAAUAAAACACUUUUGAUGUAUGCUGUGGAGAACAAUCUUACUAUUGUUGUUCAAUUACUUUUAGACAAUUUUGGACAUGGGAAGAAUAUCAAUGCUAGGGAUAAUUCUGGGCGCACUGCGCUGAACUAUGUGCUAGAUAGCAAACGUAUGAAGAAUAUCCGAUUUUCAAUGAGAGAUCUCUUGUUUCAUUACACUGAAAAAGGAAAUAUUGCUAGGAUGUUAUUAAACGCUGGAGCGAAUGUCUUUGCAAUGAUAAAUAAUGAUCCAAAGACCUUGAUCGCUAAUAGAGCUGCUUAUAAAGCGUGUCCUCAAGUUUUAAAUGUGGUUUUAAUAAAUCAAUUGACUAGCCAAAGAGAUAUUUCUUCUCCUUUAUCAUAUGCUGACAGGGAAGUUGAUUAUCAAAAUGAUUUUGAUAACUCUUAUGGUCAUUUGAAAAGAGAUAUUGUUAAGGCACAAAUUUAUACGGUUACUCAACAUUGUUUGAGGUAUAUCAUCAGAAGACAAGGUAUUGGGUACGAGGUUGCUAACAAAGACGCUGUUUUGAUGAAACUUUACCUAAGAAUUCCUAGUCAACGUUCCCUAAAGAGAUUUAUCCAAGAAACUAAAGCAACUGUUAGAAAUACGGUGAAUAGAUUAAAGGCGAAAUUUAUUGCCGGAACUCAUCUAUCUUACUUUGAUAUUUUAGACAAGAAUGUUCAGAGCCUUGCGAGGUAUGCAAGAAAGAAUGAAAUAGUUGCGGAACUUGCCGCUGAUAAUUAUAGAAAUGAGUUGAGAUUUUACUAUGCAGCUUUUAAGUACAAAUGGUCACAAGCUUUUCUAAGGAGAAGGUUGCUGGAUAAGUGCGAUCAGAGGAUUUCUGAAAUUGUUAAGCUUACUUUGUUACCUUAUGAUGUUAUGCUGGUAGUUUUUGAGUAUAUUGAGAACAAUGAAGAUUUGAAGAAUUUUAUGGUAGCUGCAGUGAAUCCAGAUGAUUAG